AUGCCGCGAAUGAGAAGACAAUCACCACGUACGCUGGCCGAAAAUCAGCGUAAUCAGCGAAAUCAGGGUAAUCAGCCUAGACUUCAACAAAUUUCACCAGCUGAACGUUCUGCACUCAAAUUCGAUAGAGAUAUAGAUGAGCUGAUUUACAAAGAAUGCGAUUCGUGUAAUACACGUACACUUUCGACCUUGAAUACCAUACCAUGUUCAACUUGCAAAUCCGAGGUGCGACGUAGAUUGUUCUCUACUGACAACAAUAUGGAUCCAGGUCAAGUACCUGAUCAACUCAAAGUUUUAUCUCCGAUUGAAGAAUUGCUUAUUGCUAAGAUACAUCCGGUUGUUACUUAUUACAGAAUAAGAGGUGAACAAACUGGUUACUCAGGGAAUGUCAUUAAUUUUCGUCAGAACAUUAAUAGGCUUUAUUCUAGCUUACCCCCUUCAAGAGAUGAAUUAUCUAGAAUCAUUGUCGGUGUUAGAGAAGGAAACGAUAUACCAGCUGAGUUAUCUAUAAAUGCUGGUGCUGUAAGAGCUGCACUUCUAUGGUUGAAGCAGAAUCAUCAAUAUUAUUCCGAUAUAGAGAUAAAUGAAAAUGCCUUAGCUGAUUUAGAAAGAGAACCGAACUUAGAUGAUUUACUAGAUCAUUCUGCCGAAGCUGCUCAAGGUGAAGAUUGUUUGCGUGAAUCUUAUUUUCCGCUUAUUGAGUCAGUAAAUCAGGAUAUUUCUAUACAAGCUACGCUGAGUGGUAAUAUUAACUGGCCAGAGCAAGACCCAAACCCAAUCAAUGAAUUUCGAACCGAAGGCUACAUUUCGCAAGCCUUUCCCAAACUUUUUCCUUAUGGAAAAGCAGAUUUAAAUGCUCCAAGACAACACAAAGUUGAUGCUAACAAUUAUUUCAAAUUUCUCAUGGUUUACAGAGAUGGUAGAUUUGCUAAACAUCCACGAUUCCGAUUUUUCGCUAUGAAUUCUGUGUUACGAUGGCAAGCCCUUAGCCGAUCUUCUAUUCUUAUAUGUCAAAAUGAUUUCCGUAAUUCAAGUGUUGAAGAAGUUUCACGUCGUCUUCUUGAGGACCCAUCAUUAAGAUCCUCGAUUAUGGCAUUUUCUGGUCAACUGAGAUCGACUACACCUUACUGGAAGUUGAGAGCAGGCGAACUGUUAGAUAUGGUUAAUCAACUCGGCUCUCCUACUAUUUUCUUCACUUUAUCAGCAGCUGACUAUCACUGGAAUAAACUUUUUGAACUAAUCUGUCCAGAUAGACCAAUUGAAACCAUUACAGAUGCAGAGAGAAGAACUUUAAUGCACGAAAAUCCAAUGAUAACAGCUCAAUUUUUCAAAACACGGAUUGACAUUUAUCGAAAGACCGUUUUGAAAACAUUUCUUAAUGUUAAAGACUUUUGGAUGCGUUAUGAAUGGCAAUUUCGAGGGAGUCCACAUGUACAUGGAUUACUUUGGUUAGAAAAUGCUCCUGACCUGGCCACCAUAGAUUCUCAGUCUGCAGCUGACAAGCAAAUUGCUCUAGAAUAUUGUUCCAAUCUUACUAAAGCAAUGAAUCCUAACAUUGAUGUAGCAGCUACUUCACAUCCAUGUCGUAAAACCUACAGCGAAAUUGACAACAUAGAUGAAGAUCUUUCAAUUUUACUUAAUACUGUUCAAAGGCACACUAGACAUGGCUCUCAUUGUUUAAGAAAGAAAAGGGGGUCGAAUCAACAAGAAUGCCGUUUCAAAUUCCCACAGCCUCUUUCAGAAGCUGAUCGUUUCGAAAAUGCGGAUGGUGUGUUAAAAUUUGUUCCUAAACGUAAUGAUGAAUCGAUGAAUCGUUACAAUGACUUUAUUAUUCAAACCUGGAGAGCUAAUAUAGAUUUUAAUAUCGUAACUAGCGUUGACUUGGUUCUCAAUUAUAUCGCAAAAUAUGUAACAAAGGGUGAAGUAUCAUCAAUGGACUUCAAUGCGUUGGUUGAUAAAAUAUCACAUGACUUACGAGCUGAUUCACAUGGUACAUCUCUCAUACGUAAAAUUGUUCAAGCAUCGUUAUCCGGAAGAGAUUAUUCAGCACAAGAAGUUGUUCAUGUUUUGAUGGGCUGGCCACUUUAUGAAUCUUCGAGAACUUAUGUCAAACUUAACCUUUCUGAUAGAGUAUUGGUACGUCUUGGAGGUAAUGAAGAAAAUGAAGAAGUCGAGAACAGAGCGAAUUCAAAGUUAAUUGCAUUUUAUCAAAGGAGGCCUAUCGAUCAAGAUGUAUGUUUGACUGAUUAUGCCAAACAAUUUGAAGUGGUUAAGGGAGAACUAAGACGAAGGAAGAAAGUUCCAAUUAUAAGAGUUUUCCCCCGUUUUAAAAAGUCAUUGGAACCCUCCAAACACGAGUCUUUCUGUAAACAGCAAGUCCAGUUAUAUAUUCCUUGGUGGCGCUCUCCAGAGACCUUGAAAGAUACGGAUGUCAGAGGUGGUCCUUAUCAAACAUGGGCUGAAGCUUAUACUUGCUUACUCCCUGAUGGUAUGGCUGAUAUUGAAUUUGGACCAAUGGAUGACGAAUAUGAAGAAGUCGAAGUAUAUGACGAUGCUGAAAGAAACAUUGAAAUGGCAAUAGCAAGGUUCAGACAGAAUUUGCCUGUCCCUAGACCUAUGGGAGAUCGCCUUAUUGACCAUCAAUUUAAAUGGGAUGCACAAAGAAAUUUUGACUAUUCAGAAGAUACAAUUAACGAAUUUUUAUAUAACUUAAAGCGUCAAAAUAUUCAACAACCUGUUCAACUUGAAUUUAAUCAAUCACCCACUGAAGACCAAAAUACUGUGUUAGAAUUAUGUUCAUCCCAAAUAAGUAACAUCAUGAAUGGCCACGAAAAUCCUAUUAAAAGGUGUAUUGUUCAAGGAAAAGCUGGUACUGGUAAAAGCUUUCUCAUUAAAAAAAUGGUUACUGAAAUCAGAAGCCGACUUCACCCUGAUUCAGACAAAGUAUUAGCUCCAACUGGCGUGGCUGCCACGAAUAUUUCCGGCUCUACUUAUCAUUCAUUUUUGAAAAUACAAAGGAAAUUCAAAAACUUGGAGAACGCACCUUUGAGGAAUCUUCAACUUCAAAUGGAACAUGUUAAGUUUCUAAUAUUUGAUGAAGUUUCAAUGAUUGGCUUGAAAUCAUUUUUGUACAUAGAUACAAGGUGUAAAGAGGCUACAGGUGUAAACGAAGCUUUUGGAGGUCUAUGUGUUUAUUUUCUUGGAGAUUUGCAACAACCUCCCGUUUUGGAUCCACUGGUUUACAAUAGUAGAAUUAUCUACCGGAAGCGAUAUGGAGAUGAGCAGAUAGCUUUUCGUAAUUUGUUAGAUGAACUAGCUCUUGGUCGUAUUUCUGAUGCAAAUUACGAUUUAUUGAUGACCAGGAGAAUCAAUCUUUUAUCGGUUGAAGACAGAGAAUCAUUUAAAGAUUCCAUGUAUCUAUUUUCAACAAAUGAGUUAGUCAAGGAGAGAAAUGCCGCAUACCUGCAUUCAACUGGAUUUCCUGUCGCUGAAAUAAAAGCAGAGCACAACUGUGCAACCGCAGCAAAUGGGUCUGAUUGUCAAGCAUCUUGCCUAGAGCCAGUGUUAAAUAUUUCUAUUAAUUCAAGAGUUAUGCUUAGAAGAAAUUUAUGGGUGGAUGGUGGUUUAGUUAAUGGAUCACUUGGUACGGUAACUGAUAUAAUCUAUGAACAAGGACGUCGCCCAAAAUCUUUACCCAGAGUUGUCAUGGUUAAGUUUGAUAGAUACUUAGGAAGUAAUUUCGACGAUGAAGCUUUUCCGAUUAUACCUGUUGAAGCUAGAUGGACUGAUAAUGGCAUUGAAUGCUCACGUAAACAGUUGCCUCUUAAUUUAGCCUUUGCUAUAACAAUUCACAAAGCACAAGGAUUAACACUAGAUAAGGCUGUUAUCGAUAUUGGCUCACGUGAACACUCUAUUGGUUUGUCUUAUGUUGGAUUGAGCCGUGUACGAAAAAUAACGGAUUUAGCUAUCCAACAAUACUUUGCUAAAGAUCGCAUCGAUAGAAUUGCACAAUCCCAAAUGUUAAAAGAUAGACUAGCGUACAUGUCAUCUGUAAAUCUUUUAUGAUCUAAUCUCUUUUAUAAAUUGAUAUAUCUAUUUAUGUAUGAAUAAUCUAUACCCAUGUUCAUGUAUAAAUGAUAUUUUUGAUGUCUUUUCUCUCUUUUUCUCUUUCUCUCGCUUUUAGAGAAUUAAAUGUUUUAAAUACUACUUUGAAUGUCAUUUUUAAUCAAUUUUUUAUCUUAACUUUAAAUUGAAUUAUUCUCAUUGGAAAUUUU